CUAUUGUCACACUCCUCUAUCUUUCAAGGUUGCAAUUGAUUGAUAUUCUAUCUGCGUCUUGAAACAUUCACUCCAAUAUACAUAUUGCACGAAUGCUCUUUGUGCGAUGGGUUCGAGCUAUCCCCGCGUAUGAUCCGUUGCUCCCCCAAAUCUCAACCGCGGGUGAAGAGACAUCUUUCAAAGUUCAACCGAGGAUAAUGUCUCAAAGCACAAUAACCUAUUGAUUACUUCGAGAGCCGAAUGGUCAAGGUCAUGACUAGAGCUAUAAUGCUAACAUCGUUUCCAGCAUCUACAAACUCUUCCUCCGUAUACCACCCGUUCUACUCGCUCAUUGACCCGCAGCCACGAUGCCUCCAGCACCUCGCCAACCCUUGACGGUGCCAGAAUCCUAUACAUCCCUACCCCUGCAACAUAUCAAAGUCUCCCAUGUCCCUGAGUCCUCCCGUACCACGACACCAGUGAUUUUGAUUACCUUGAAUAGACCAGAGAAGCACAAUGCAUUCACGGAUGUCAUGCGGCAAGAUCUGGAGAGGGUCUACGAGCUUGUCAAUAUUGACCCGAGGGUGAAAGUGGUCGUCCUCACUGGCGCAGGAAGGAGCUUUUGUGCUGGCGCAGACCUCGACAUUGGCUUCAUAGGAGCCAAGGACGAGAACGGUGUGAUCAGAAACCCGAAGACAGAAAGAGACGUAGAUCACAGAGACGGUGGUGGGAGAGCUUCGCUCGCUAUACAUCAGUGCAGCAAGCCGACGAUUGCCGCUAUACAAGGAGCCUGCGUCGGCGUCGGUAUAACCAUGUGUUUGCCUGCUUGUAUACGGAUCGCCUACGCAAAAGCAAAGGUCGGGUUCGUCUUCAGCAGACGCGGCAUCAUCAUGGAAGCUUGCUCGUCAUACUUCCUUCCGCGACUGAUUGGACAUUCUCGAGCUUUGCAUCUAACCACCACGGGUUCGGUUUACCCAGCCGAGCACCCGUUGUUUGGAACCCUGUUCUCUGAAACUUGUCCCACGCCCGAAGCUACACUGUCCAGAGCCCUCGAGCUCGCGGAUGAAGUUGCCAAGAACACAUCGACGGUCUCGACCAAGAUGAUGAGAGAUCUCAUGUACAGGGGCCCAGACAGCGCUGAGGGAGCUCACCUCCUCGAUUCGAAGAUCAUUCAUGGUUUGUUUGGGAGUAAGGACAAUGUUGAGGGAGUGGAGAGUUUUCUGCAGAAGAGGCAGGUCAACUUUACUGGCCAGGUACCACAAGAUGCCCCUGAUGGAUAUCCCUGGUGGCAGCAGAUCGAUAUCGGUGAUAAGCCAUUAGAGAAGAGGCAGGCCAAGUCCAAGCUCUAAGCCGAAGUGCCUGCAACAGUCAGAGUCGGGAGUGUGACUAGACAUAUGUUGUAUUACAUAGACUCGCAAGAGCCAAGAGGACCGUCUCUCGCAUGGC